AUGUCGGAAAAACAAAGGACGGAAUUAAAAUGGGUACGAGGACUUCUCCAGACGGAGAGUGAUUUGCUGGAGGUUCUCACUUCACCGAGCAAUGUCAGAAAUACGAAGGGCAAAGCAUUGCUGACCCAAUUCAUGAACGAACAAAAGGAUCCGGUGAGGGCUUUUGACAUGUUCAUGCACUCUCGAAGUGGAUUAAGAGCGUUCUUUACUCAAAACAAUAAGAAACGUUCGAAGGACCUUCAACAAAAAAUGAUGAGACUGACCGACCCAAGUAGUAGGAUGACUCAGAAUUCCCUGGCUAAGUGGCGCGAAUUCAAACAGAAUAUUGAUCUUCCAGAAUCGAAAAAUGUUUUGACAAUGCUUGAGACGCAUGAUAUAAUUCGGCAAAGCUGGAUUUUUUACAUCAAGUCAAUUAUGCUGGAGAUGCCGACGAAAUCUCCUGUGACCGAGACGAUUGAGGUUUUGGCCUCGACGGACAUGAGAUCUCUUGAAGAAUUUGUGAAUAUUUGGUGUGUACGCUCAGUCGAACCGAGCAAGGUUUAUACGAUAGUGCUGGAAUUCCAGAAUGCCGAGGCAUCUCAGGUCGUUUGGGAAUUGUUUGUCCACGAAUAUAUAGAGACAAACCAGUUUUCUAUUCCUCCGUUGAUCAAGACGUUUAAAAGCCUGAGUGCCCAACACAGCAGCGAAUCAAACAACUUUGAAAAAAUGCGCGAGAUUGUGGACCAAUGGGCAAAUAGUGAAUUACCUCCGAAGCAAGCGUUUAGAGCGUUGCUACUUGAUGCCGACGCCACUAGGUUGCUGAACCGUUGGCUCGAAUGCAUGGUCCACUCUUUUACCAGUCUUACUUCGAAAUCAGGUUUCGAAAGCACAACGAGCAUGUUACAUGAAUCUUUCAAGAAUCCCAGUGCGCAUAGAGCAUACCUCAAAAUGCUGAGCAUGUUUAUCCUGUGUCGCGAUCGCCAAAGCAACAUCGUUAAUGCGGAAGAGGCCAAGUGGAUAUCAAAUCCCAUGUCCUUCAGUACAAUCUUUAGGCUAUUACAACUCGACACGGCUACGAACGAAUUGUUAGCAAAAGCCGAAAAAAUGCUGAUCGCUCGACAGCACGGACAGACUCUAAAAUCUGAUUUGUCUGUGCUUGACGAGGAAAUCGCAACAUUACAGUACAAAGCUUCGGCAGAGUUGCUGAACAAUCCAUUGCUUUCUUUUUAUUUCGACCUUGAAAGGAAGUUAUAUCGCAAAAACACGUUGUCUGAGACGCUUCUUCACGUUUUUGGAGAGAAAAAAUUGAAGGACAUGGUAAAAGCAGCGAAAGAAAACUCCAGUCUCUUAAAAUCUCUGAUUUCAGACGUUGAUCCCCAUAUGUCAAGCAAGACUAAAGUUGCGUUCCGGUGA